UCUGGGAAUCCGACCUGGAUCAUGCAUCGGGGCAGGUAGCACGUCGUUAGGCCACGUGGCAGAGUUCGUGUGACGCCACGUGCCUCCCAUUAAUAGGGGUAGCGAGACGAGGGCGAUGGCUUUUCUUGCCGCCAAUUCGGCAGCCCAAAUCGCGUCCAGGUUCUCCGUCGAUAUCUCUCAAUCUGUGGCGCGCAGCUGUGGGAGCAGCUACCAAUGGCGGGAAAGCUGCCUAUGGCGGGAAGAUCUUGUCCAGAAGGGAAAUCGUCGGGUGAGAGAUUGCCACGUCAGCGAUCGCGUCCGGUGGUCCCAAUCCCGACGCCUGGCGGCUCCACAAGAGAGCGGAUUCCAACCCUUGGCGUCGGCAAGAGGCGCAAACAAGGCGGGGCCCGAUAGCACGGCGGGGUGGCUCUCUUGGCGCCAUCCGGCGCGGCACCGCCGCCGAUGGAUUUCGGCGGGCGACACGUGGAUCGUUGCGCGCGCGCGCGGCUGUCCUUCGUUGCCAAAUCCGCACUCAAUCUCAAUCUUUCGAGAAAAUCUCGCCGCCGCCAAAGGCCGCCGCCAUCGCCACCGAGGUCUCGGGCAUGAAGGUCUCCGUCUUCCUCUUCGGGAAGAUGAAGGCAAGGGCGGCGUCAGGCGAACACGAACGGGAUGGAUACAGUCGGGAUACAGACGUGUGACGGUAUCGGCGAUUGGAUUCCAGCCGGAUGCUCGCGUUGGGAUAGAACGGGCGGCAAAUGGGCUGCUCCGUGAUGCUGCUUCCCUGCUGGUGUAUCAGGCUGUGCUGCAGGGCCCUCCUGCUCAGGCGUUUCUCAGAGUUCUUCUUUCGCUCCGAAGGGGAGAAGACUCGCUGAAAGUCAUCGAAGCGUAUGGAGACUUUUACCGGCAAAUGGUGGAAGGUGGCCAUCAAAGUUGGCAAGAUUAUGUUCUGGAUUGCAUCUUGGCUGGGCACGACAAUCCAUUUGCGGAUGCAUGCAUCAAUACUGCCAGAAGGUGGAGGGGAGGGGUUGUAUCGCCGCCUGAAGGAAUGGAGGGGAGGGAAGAGGGGGUGAAACAGGAGGAUGCAGCAGAAGAUUUAGAUAAUGUCCCGCUUUCUCUUAUCGCGGCAGCAGAAUCAGAUCUGGAUAGCCUUCAUCGGUUGUGCAUCACGGAAACAACUUUGAGUGGGUGGGUGUGUGAUGUUGCAGAAAUGAAGCCAGAGUGGCGAGCAGCUGCAGCGACCAACCUUGCAAUGAGACAGAAUGGUAGCAAAGCAUCCAGCGGGAAUUCCACAGUGCAGCAGGACACUCAGCUUAUGCCGGAAUCACCAUGGAGAAAAUUCGGAUUUGAGCUGAGCAGAGCUGAUCCUUCUGCUAUAUCGCCUGCUGAUCCUUCAAUGAUGGAGCAGAAUCCAAUGGCUGGGAUAAGCUCUGAAGAUGACAGUUCCAGGGACACGGAAGACACGGAAAGCCACACAAAUCACAGCAGGAAUGGCAGUGUGUGCAGGGACCGAAGGCCGGAGUCAAGAACUGCAGACUCCUCACUCAAGGUAACAGUGGCAGGAGAAGGGGUUCGCGAGGAGUUAAGAAGGAAAAUAGGAGGCCUUUGGACAUGGUCAGAGGCGGUGCCUUUGCUGAAGGAUUACUACCGAACCUGCGGUGUGGGAAUUUCAGCCUCGUGCACAGAGCUCAUGUGGAAGGCCAACAAGCUUGUGGGUGCAAGAGGCAGUAUUCUGCGCAAGUAUGGUGAUGAUCGGAAGCAGUGCAACUUGAGAAUCCAUGCUGAGCUGAGAGAGAAGAUCAGACGCAACUUGGAAAGACAUGCUGCAGGGAGAGCAGCCCAGCAUGUUCUGCUGUAUGGUGCAAGCGGCACAGGAAAGACAUGGCUUAUGAGGGGCUUACUAGAGGGUGUGAUGAGAGAACAGGGUCUUAGAACAGUCCUUGUUCAGAAAGGAGACCUGAAGACAAUCUCAAUGCUUCUCGAGGAGGUUUCAGCGCAGCCCCAUCUCAGAUUCGCUAUUUUCCUCGAUGAUGUCAUGCUCCGGGUAAGCGGAAAGACAUGGCUUAUGAGGGGCUUACUAGAGGGUGUGAUGAGAGAACAGGGUCUUAGAACAGUCCUUGUUCAGAAAGGAGACCUGAAGACAAUCUCAAUGCUUCUCGAGGAGGUUUCAGCGCAGCCCCAUCUCAGAUUCGCUAUUUUCCUCGAUGAUGUCAUGCUCCGGGCGGGAGACGAUGCGUUCUCAGCUCUGAAAACUGCAUUGGAUGGAGCUUUCCAGGUAUGGCCCAGGAACGCUAUUGUCUGUGCAACGAGUCCAUUUCAGGGCUUAGUACGAUCGACUACCGGAGUCGACGGAUCUUCAGCAGAUGCUCCUGAAAGUGGGAAGGGAAUGGAUGACGGAGGUCCUCUGGGCCAGCAUUUUGGCAUAGCGAUGAACUUGUCUUUCCCAUCAGAUGAGGAGGGAUUCCUAAGUUGUGUGCGUGAGUUCGUUGCGCACGAGAACAUGCCGCUUGAGAUUGGCGAGGUGAAUGAGCGGUGCAAGCAAUGGCUCCAGGGAAGGACAGGGCUGAGUUGGAGAUCACUGAACCAGUUCAUUUCUUCUGUUUUCCUAUAGCGUUCGAAUUGAAUGAUUGUUUUAUGUGAGAGGCAUCGUCGCACAGAAUUGAAUUUGUGCAAUGUGUCUAUAACAUGCAUCACUUUCACCACAGGAGAGAAAGUUGAGAACGAGUGGAAAUGUUAUGUAAUGCUGCUGCUGCUGCUGCUGCUGCUGCUGCUGCUGCGGCUGAUGAUGAUGAUGAUGAUGAUGAUGAUGAUGAUGAUGGUGAUUGUGAUUGUGAUGAUGAUGAUGAUGAUGAUGAUGAUGAUGAUGAUGGCGGCGAUUGAUAGAUCAUGAUGAUGGUGAUUGAUCAUGCAUGAUGAGGAUGAGGAUGAUGAUGAUGAUGAUGAUGAUGAUGAUCGUUGAUAAGUGAUGAUGGAUCGAAGAUGAUGAGUAUGGUAACAAGGAUCGAUAGAUGAUGAUGAUGACACUUUUUCGAUGAUGAGUAUGGUAACAAGGAUCGAUAGAUGAUGAUGAUGACACUUUUUUUUUUUUUUCCUGCAUGCUUGGGAAUUUUGUUUGUGGUCCAUCAUGUUGUCAUUUUUGCCUGGUGAAAUCAUUUUGGCUGGUUAAAGAACAAGUGUUGGAGUACCCGCUAUCCUCCUCCCCACCCCCUCUUUUUCUUCACCGCCUUUUUGAGGAGCUCGUUCAUCAGAUUCUCCUUCUUUUUCUCUUUUUCAUUUUUUUUUUUGGUCUCGACUCUGUAGGUCGGUACAUCCUGUAGGUGGGUUUGCUAAUCUCUCGGGGUGUCUUUUUUUUUCAGACUCUCUAGGUGUUUUCAUUUCAAAUUGCUGAAAUCAUAAUUUAUCUCUACUUGUCCAUUUCUGAUUCAGCCAACACAUAC